AAAGGUUUAUAUAGGAAUACUUCCUUCUUCUAAUCUACAAAUUGCAGUAAAGAGAGUCUCCCAUGAUUCCAAACAAGGUAUGAAGGAAUUUGUGGCUGAGAUCGUUAGCAUGGGAAGACUGAGGCAUAGGAACUUAGUGCAGCUCCUUGGUUAUUGCCGGCGAAGUGGGGAACUCCUCUUGGUGUAUGAUUAUAUGCCCAACGGAAGCCUUGACAAGUUAUUGUAUAGCAAUGAAAAACUAAAUCUUAACUGGGUUCAACGAUUUAGAAUCAUCAGAGGAGUAGCAUCUGGCCUUCUUUACCUACAUGAAGAGUGGGAGCAGGUUGUUCUACACCGAGAUGUAAAAGCAAGCAAUGUUUUAUUGGAUGCUGAAUUAAAUGGAAGGCUAGGAGAUUUUGGGCUUGCAAGAUUACACGACCAUGGUAGCAAUUCCCAAACCACCCGCGUGGUUGGGACUGUGGGUUAUUUGGCUCCGAAGCUUUACAAAACAGGGAGGGCAACCACUUGCACUGAUGUGUUUGCUUUUGGAGCUUUCAUGCUUGAAGUGGCUUGUGGAAGGAGGCCGAUAGAGGUACCGGCCACCCAGGGACUGCCUGAAGGGGUGAUUUUGGUUGAUUUGGUCUCUCAGUGCUGGAGAAGAGGAGCUAUCCUUGAUGCUAGCGAUCCAAGAUUGGAAGGUGAUUAUAUGGUGGAAGAAAUGGAAUUGGUUUUGAAACUUGGCCUGCUUUGCUCACAUGCAAUACCCGCUGCAAGGCCUAGCAUGAAGCAAGUGAUGCAGGUUUUGGAUGGUGAUGCUGAUCUGCGGAAAUUGUAA